AUGCGAGUCGUUGCAGUCGGCGCGCGUGACUCACUCUGCUGCGGCGGCGCUGCGCGCCCUCCGCCAAGGCGGCCGUGGCUGCCAGGGCUCCCCGCGCCGCCGCCCUUGGGCCCCGACCCGGGCAGCGGGCAGCGGGCAGCGGCUGCCGCCAAGCAGGAAGACCCGCCGGCGCCGGGAAUAGCGGCCGGCCGCUGCUAUUCCGGGCGCGGCGCGCGCGCGAAUAGCCCGGGUUCACACCCCGCGCCGGGCAGCCGGCCAGCGCCGCACGCUAUAAACUCCCGGAAUAGCGCGGCGCGGGGCCGCGGUUCAAGUCCCCGGCAGGAGACGAGGCCGCCCCCGCCGCCCCCGCGCUGCCUGUCGGCGGCGGCCCUGCAGCAGGCCGAGGUGGCGCUGCGGGCGCAGCGGCGGCAGCUGGCCGACCUGGAGGCGGUGCGCGCCCUCUCGCCCCCGCGGGCGCCGGUCCCGCCCCCGUCGCCUCCGACGCCGCCCCCCGAGGCGGAGGGGGCUGCUCGGCGUCUGGAGGACGCCAGGCGGCAGCUGGAGGCCGUGCGCGGCGCGCUGGAGGCGGCGCCGGUGGUCAGCUGCCGCAGCGUCGCCACCGACACUUCCUCCGAGACGCCGCCCCCGCCGCCCCCGCCGCUGCGGCCCUCCAAGCGCGUCCAGGCGUCGCCGCCGCGGCGCGGGAAGGCGCCGCCGCCCACAACCAGGUCAGCUCUACAGCGCGUUUAG